UUAAGAGCAGCUGGAGUGCAGUUUCCCUAAUCAGUGUAGCCAGUUGUUGCCUGUCUGAACCUCGGCCAGUCCUGGACAGCGGUGCUCUGAGCUCCGACCCGGAGGCCUCUGUCCCGUACCUCUCACCAGCACACUUUCUCAGCCGAGCAAGGACAACGUGGUCACCCCAGCAGCCAUGGGAGAGGACGCUGCCCAGGCUGAGAAGUCCCAGCACCCAGGUUCUGACAUGCGGCAGGAGAAGCCAGCGAGCCCCAGCCCCGUGCCCUCCUCCACGCCGAGCCCCAGCCUGAACCUGGGGAGCACGGACGAGGCAAUCCGUGACAACGCACAGGUGAACGCCGUCACGGUGCUCACGCUACUGGACAAGCUAGUGAACAUGCUGGACGUGGUGCAGGAGAACCAGAACAAAAUGGAGCAGCGGCAGAUCAACCUGGAGGGCUCGGUGAAGGGCAUCCAGAACGACCUCACUAAGCUGUCCAAGUACCAAACCUCCACCAGCAACACGGUGAACAAGCUGCUGGAGAAGUCCCGCAAGGUCAGUGCCCACACGCGCGCUGUCAAGGAGCGCAUGGACCGGCAAUGCGCGCAGGUGAAGCGGCUGGAGAGCCACCACGCACAGCUCCUCCGACGCAACCAUUUCAAAGUGCUCAUCUUUCAGGAAGAAAAUGAGAUCCCUGCCGAUGUGUUUGUGAAAAAGCCUGUUCCCAGCCCAGCUGAAGGGAAGGGGGAGCUGGUGGAUGAAAACAAGUCCCUGGAGGAAACUUUGCACACAGUGGACCUCUCCUCAGAUGAUGAAUUGCCCCCCGAUGAGGAGGCCCUGGACGAUAGCGCUGAGGAAAAGCUGGAAGAAAGCAGAGCAGAGAAAAUCAAAAGAUCCAGCCUCCGCAAAGUGGAUAGCCUCAAGAAAGCGUUUUCUCGCCAGAACAUCGAGAAAAAGAUGAACAUACUGGGGACGAAGAUCGUCUCUGUCGAAAGGAGGGAGAAAAUUAAGAAAACCCUCACUUCCAAUCACCAGAAAAUCACCUCGGGGAAAGGCUCCCCUUUCUCUUUCGGUCGAAAGAAAGUCCGAGAGGGAGAAAGCCCUGCAGAGCAGGAGACCAAGUCCGAAGACUUGCCCAACGAUCACGAGGAAGAGGGUCUUUCCGAGGGAGCCCCUGCGGAAGGGAAGAGCGUGGAGGGGGAGGCCAGAGGGAGUAACUCGGCCCUGGGCAGCAACGUCAACUUGACUAUUGCGGAAAAUGAAGAAGAAGAAGAGUCCGUGGCCCUGGAACAGGCACAGAAGGUGCGCUACGAGGGAGGCUACGUGCUAAGCUCCCAGGAGGCGGAGAGGUCGGAUGAGGAGCCAGUGCAGCCCGCCGUGCUCCGGGUGGACCAGGCCUCCUGAACCGCUGGCAGCUUCCAGCUAGCCUCUAACCCGAGCCUGGAAACACAAUCCCUGCACAUCUACUACCACUACCCAGGCAUUGCUGUGCCACCGUGCAGGCUGCAUGAAUUUGGGGCGUGGUCAGCAGCACAGUGUAAUUGACAUUUCCUAGGAAGGCAACACGUGCAGGUCUCCACCGCUAAUCAUUUUGGGGUGGGUUGAGUUUUUCACGGAAGCUCCCCCAUGCUUGGCCCUGGAAGGGGAAAUGAAGCAAUUUGACCCAGAUCAAUGUGGCUUAGGCAGAAAAUCCAGAGGCUACCCAAGAUAUUCGUUACAAAAUGUAAUUCAUUUCCUGUCAUUCCGUAGGUUUGCUGAACAGUCCGCCAGAAAUAAAGUUGCACAAAACUCUGUGAACCAAAUCAUUCGAGUGUGUGACACAUACCAUAGCUAAAGAUGUAAUUAAGCUAAAGAUGCUUUUAAAUGGCAAAAGAAUGUUCACCUCUCGACUUCAUAGACACCAUUGUUUUAUCAGAAAGGAAGGAAAAUUUGAAAGACUAAUAUUCCGCCAGUGAAGUAAAAUAUGCAGGAAAGUCAGGGUAAUUAGAAGAAGAAAAUUAAGAAGGAGGAGCUGGACAAGAGAAUGGGAAACAAAAUUGCCAAAGAGAGUGAAGACCAAGAUAAAACUGUAUGUUUUUGAAAAUAAAAUACAUAUAUUGGCUUGACCAUUUAGCUCUUUAAUAAUUCUAAAGAAGAAGUUCCUAUACCCUGGACUAAUACAUUAUAUUUUUAUUCUUAUUUUCAAAUGUUUUUAGAUAAUAUACAAAACGUUUUGCUCUGUUAAUGCUUAUUUUUCUUCUUAAUAAAUACAAGACAUUACCAGUUUUCUCUGAGGGAAUUCAAAAGGAUGUUGUCUCUUAAAAAUUUUAGUAAACAAAUUUUGAAAAUUCACCACUGCCUUUUUCAGGAAGAUGGAUCACACUAUUCUUUAAUUUUUUAAAAUAACCCUUACACUCAAAUUGAUGUACUGUAGGUUCAUAAGAUGUUAAGAUUAAUAGACUUAGGAUGGAAAAGGGCAGGAAUUUUUUUCCUUUCUUUUUCUGUACAUAGUGGAAUUUCAUCCCAAAUCAUAUUUUAAUUAUAUAUUAAUUUCACAGAAUAGUAAUACACUUCUUAGAGCAUGCUAGAAUUUAUAUGUGCACAUGUAUUCAGACAAGUUAAUUUUUACUACAAUAGUAAAUGUUUAUUAAAAUACACAAGUAUUUUUAAAAAACUAUCAAAUUAUAGUUUAAAGUCAGUUGUACCCUAGAGAAAACUCUCAUCUUUGUUUUGUAUCUAGCACUAUAGGAGGUUUAUAAUACUAACAAUUUAAUAUUUGUUUUAUAUAAAGAAUAGGAUCAACAUACUUGUGGCAUAACCUAUACAGCUAUGUUCUUAUUUUUCAGUUAUGUAUCCCUAAUAUUAGACUGUUGAACUAACAAUAGCUGUGUUAAAAAUGAAAUAAAUCAACCAUUAAAAGUA